CUUAACUUUUUUUUUUCCCCCUUCCCUUCGUGUGACGCAAACUUCAACAAUUCGACACGUUUGCACUCGAAAAGGAAAACAAUAUGGCCAGCGCUACCGAGAUCGAGGCUGAGGCCCCUCACAACAACUUCGACACAAUUCUUGUGCUCGAUUUUGGUUCCCAGACGAGCCAUCUCAUCCUGAGACGCCUGCGCGCGCUCAAGGUGUACGCUGAGAUGCUGCCAUGUACCACGAAGCUGGCGGAUCUCCCCUUCAAGCCGAAGGGAAUUGUGCUGUCUGGAGGCCCCUCUUCUGUCUACGAUCAGGGCGCACCCCACGUUGACCCCGCCGUUUUCGAGCUCGGCGUUCCUAUUCUGGGUAUAUGCUACGGCUGCCAGGAACUUGCCUGGAGAAUCAGCUCGGACAAUGUCGCCCGAGGAGCGGCCCGAGAGUACGGCCACGCCGACGUUACCAUCCACAACUCGGGCAACUCCCACACGGAUCGCCUCUUCGCCGGCCUGGGAGAGACGAUGCACGCCUACAUGUCCCACUUCGACAAACUAGUAAAGUUGCCUGAGGGCUUUGUGGUUGUUGCGAGCACAAAAAACAGCGAAUACGCCGGAAUCGCUCACCAGACGAAGCCGAUCUACGGUGUGCAAUUUCACCCUGAGCUCGAGCAUACGCCGAGAGGCACUGAGAUCCUUCGCAACUUCAGUGUCGACAUCUGCGGGGCGCAACCCAACUGGGUCAUGAGCGACUUCAUCAAGAAGGAAAUCGUCCGCAUCAGACACCUCGUUGGUGACCGUGCCCAAGUCAUUGGCGCCGUCAGUGGAGGAGUCGAUUCCACCGUCGCUGCUAAGCUCAUGAAGGAAGCCAUUGGCGACCGCUUCCAUGCUAUUCUGGUUGAUAACGGAGUUAUGCGUCUCAACGAGUGCGAGCAGGUGAAGGAGACGCUUCAGAAGCACCUCGGCAUCAACCUGACGGUUGUUGAUGGAGCUGAGCUGUUCCUGGGACGCCUUAAGGGCGUCACUGAGCCUGAGAAGAAGCGCAAGAUCAUUGGCGGAACCUUCAUCGACCUUUUCGAGAAGGAGGCCAUUCGGAUCGAGAAGGAGGCAGAGAACACGCCCAAUGCCGGCAAGGUCGAGUGGUUCCUUCAGGUUCGUCUUUACCCUGAUGUUAUUGAGUCGCUCUCGUUCAAGGGUCCCAGCGCGACUAUCAAGACCCAUCACAAUGUCGGAGGUUUGCCCGAUACUCUCAAGUUGAAACUCAUUGAGCCCUUGAGAGAGCUUUUCAAGGACGAGGUCCGAAGCUUUGGUAGGGAGCUUGGUAUCCACAGCGAUCUCAUCAUGAGACACCCCUUCCCUGGUCCCGGAAUCGCCAUCAGGAUUUUGGGCGAGGUCACACCGGAGCGCGUGGCGAUCGCUCGGGCGGCCGACAACAUCUUCAUUUCGAUGAUCAAGGAGGCUGGCAUCUAUGAUCAGAUGUCUCAAAGCUACGCUGGUCUGGAUACCAACAGAGCCGUGGGCGUCCAGGGAGACGCCAGGGUGUACGGCUACAUCGUCAUCCUCAGGGCCGUCCAGACGGCCGACUUUAUGAGUUGCGAGCCGUUCGAGUUCGACUUCAACCUCUUGAAGAAGAUCUCGACACGCAUCGUCAACGAGGUCGAAGGCGUCUCGCGUGUCGUCUACGACAUCACCAGCAAGCCGCCCGGAACCAUUGAGCUCGAAUAAUGGACCCAAGACGAUAGAGGCAAGCGUCUAUAUAGAGUAGGCAAGUACCGUGGAGGAUGUCAUAGUAGGCAGAUAGAUGUCAUUCCGCACCAGCCACACGGUCUGGCUGCUUUCAGCCACGGGCGGAGUGAUGCGCCUCCAAUACCAACGUUUUGUUGAGCU